AUGGCCUCUCAACAUCAAGACAUCGUACAUCAAGAUAACAAUUCAGACGAGAGUCAAUACAUGAAAUAUGUGUUAUUAUCAGACAACAAUUCUACAUUGUCGAAUUCUCCAACUCAUCCAACAAAAACUCCAACAAAGAAAGUUGCUCUUGUCAGACACAAACUAGCUAGCAAGAAGAAAACUACAUCUCCAUCUGUUAGUGUGAAUCGUCAUUCACAACAGCCAAUUUCUGAACCUGUUAUCCAACCAAAAACCCAAACCGAUGGUGGAGCAUCACAAACACCAGACUACUGGCGCAUGCUACUUCUUGAAGCAUUCGAGGACAAACUCGGUGGUUCAGGUAACAUGUAUACAAAUGACGAACUUUACAACUUCAUCAUCAACCAAUCCUCUCUCAGCAUCACGACCGCCAGUGAGUGGAAAGCUCGAAUCAACACUCUUCUUCACAAGUUCGAGCAAUUCUUCACGCCUCUAGACUCAUCUUACGGCGCCGAUAAGAUCAAGUCUAAAGGUUAUAAAAGAGUGUUGGAAGUUUUACACAAGCUGGCGUGUGUGAGUAAAGCUGCAAGAAUGCAACAAGAGUUCAAUUUUCAAUUCACUCUGGACUCCUUAGAAUUAUGUGAAUUGUUAUCUAGACUCUUAAUGGUGUUUAUUAAUGAAGGAACAGAGAAUAACUCUUUCGAAGCCGCUGAUGAUUUCAUCUCGGGAUACAUUGCCACUGAUAAUUAUUUGGAAAUGACAGAGAAGGAGAGAGAGAAAAUCAGAAAGAGAGUUCAACAAAAACACCAAGAAGAUGCUAUUAAGAAUGUUAACUCAUUCGUUCAGAAGUCGAUGAAUGGUAGACUACGAGGUAAUGGACGAUAUCGUGGCAAUGGAAGAUAUCAUCCAUACUCAGGACCUCAGAACAACUAUCAAAAUACCGCGACCCCAUCCGGCACCAAUAAGCCUCCCUUUCAAAGAAGAAACUAUGGUGGAAAUCCAAGCAGUAACUCCCAGCAAUCUUCUGGAAACAAUCUCCUCUGA